CGGGUCGGGUAGGAGAAAAGGGCGGGGAGUUGGAAUGGCGAGCGCGGUGGAUGCAGUGGGGAAUCCGAUCCCGACGUUGGCGGUACUGAUGGCGUCGUCCAAGCACAUCGGUGCGCCGUGCCGUGGGAAUCAUUUGAAUUUCGCUUUCGUCUCUUCUGGUACUUCCGUUGGAUCUAUAUUAGGCUGAAAGGGCUUCACCAGAGGUGCUCGAAGGAAAUGGAUGCUUAUGCUGGUAGUAUGUACUACCAUACCAAUGAGUUUGACUUGUGCUGAAAGGAGCAACAAGAAUUCGAGAGGGUGUGCGCGUGGUCUGAGUAGUCAUUGAAGAUGCUCUCCCGAACCAUAAAAGAUCAUAAAAGAUCAAUCAACUCCUAACAGAUCAAUCAAGUCAGAUUUCCUAUUUUUUGAAGUCUUCUCAAAAUUAGUACUCAGAACCAGUUGAGAUGAAAUGACACAAUUCUCUCAGACGUUUAAUCAAACAUAUUAUCAGCUUCAAAAAUCUUGAAGAGAAGGUAACAAGUUCAAACUCUAGUGCCUUGCAAUUUACUACCUAAUCGAUCGAUAUCAAGGAGAAUUCAACGAAGGCUGAUGUUUAAUGCAGCGUUUCUUGUUACGCUACGAGUAUAGAAAGAGGCAGGAGAGAGAGAGCACGUUUAUUUGCACACCCGCUCCUAAUGCUUUGGCCUCUCUGUUAACCCUCUGCGGAAUUGUGGCCGGCAAGCAGCAUGCGUCGAGAAAUCUUAAAGCUUGCACGUGGAUGAAUCAAGGCCUUUGGAUCACCAAGUUGCACAUUGCAAGGCGAGCGGGUUGGGUCGAGGAUGAGCACAAUCUAGUCUAAAUCUAAUCUAUAUCGAGUCAGACCGGAUUGCUUUUAGUUUAAAUCUAAUCUAGUCUAGAUCUAAGAAAAAUAUAAUGUAUCGAUAAAAUUAUAAUUAAAUAAUUAAUUUGUAUAUAUAUUAUUAUAGUUUAUGUUUGGAUUAUUUUUGACAUGAUUUGACUUGAAAAUUCUAAUGUAUCAAUAAAUUUAUUACUAAAAGCAAUCCGGUCUAACCCGAACGGAGUUGGAUUGGGUUUUAGUUUCUUUUUUCUUAGAUCUAGACUAGAUUAGAUUUAGACUAAUUAGAUUUAGACUAAAAGCAAUCUGGUUUGACUCGAUAUAGAUUAGAUUUAGACUAAAUUGUGCUCAUCCUCGACCCAACCCGCCCGCCUUGCAAUUUGCAGCUUGGUGAUCCAAAGGCCUUGAUUCAUCCAGGUGCAAGCAUUAAGAUUUUCCAGCGGAUGCUGCUCGCCGGCUAUAAUUCCGCAGAGGAUUAACAGAGAGGCCAAAGCAUUAGGAGUGGGUGCGCAAGCAUGCGUGCUCUCUCUCUCCUGCCUCUUCCUGUUCUCGUAGCGUAACAAGAAAUGCUGAAUUAAGCAUCAGCCUUUGUCGAAUUCUCCAUGAUAUCGAUCGACUAGGUAGUAAUUUGCAGGGCACUAAAGUUUGAACUUGUUACCUUCUCUUCGAGAUUUUUGAAGCUGAUAAUAUGUUUGAUUAAAUAUCUGAGAGAGUUGUAUUGUUUCAUCUCAACUGAUUCUGAGUACUAAUUUCUAGAAGACUUCAAGAAAUAGGAGAUCCGAGUUGAUUGAUCUUUGAUGAGUCAACAUAAUCUUCGUAAUGACCAUUAAUUUAAGUAGCAUUGUUGAUAUGCAUGUGAGAUAUCAAAUGCACUCUAUCAGUGACAAAAUUCUCAGUUAUUGGUGACAUGUUUGUGAUUUGGAGAAGAUGCUUACUCAAUUUCUCUUAGUAAGAGAGAUGUGGGAGCUUAGUUGUUUGAAGUAGCGAUUGGCCGAUCGAGAGAGAUUGUUACCAUACAAUUUCAAACUAGAACACAUGCAUUGUUACACGAGUAAUUUUAGCUCCACAUGCUUUAUCAAAUAAUUGUCAUGUAUCACCUGCCUCUUCCCCUGUUAUUAGAUGGCACUCGUGCACACUUAAUGCACUUCUUGUGAUUAAUUGAAUUUUCAGACCAGACUCAUAUUUCCUUGGUAUUGGAUGCAUAAAUAUAGAUAACAUAGUUAUUUCCACGAUGCUUCCUUCAUUUACUUGUAUUAUAUGCUUCACCAAAAAUGUUCUCAUUGGUAACAUUUGUUACAACGAUACUUGUGUCCGACUCCAAGAAUACAUGUUGGAUAUGUAACCGAAUUUAUCCGAAUUGGAUAUGCUGACACUUGGAUACUUUUUUAUUAUAUUUUUUUGUUGUGGUUGAUUGGAGUUACAGCACACUAUGGUAACUUAAAAAGUGACCUUUUUUUUCUUUCUUUCUUUCUUAGAGAUUAGUCAAGGGUGUAGAUAUUGAAAUAAUGUUGUAAAAUAUCACAUACGGUAAAAGACUUGAACCUAUAAUAUCUUCUAUUUUUUCUUUUAUAGAAUACUUGAAAAUAAAUAUAUAGUUUGAUUAAAAUUAUUUUUUCUAUGUAUCCCCAUAUCUCUUUUGUUUCUCUUUUGCCGAGUCAGACACUUGGACAUGCUUUUGAAUCUGAUUCUCGUGUCCUUGUCCAUGCAUCUCUAUCGGUAAGACAUCAAAAUAUUGUUCUGGUUGCUGGUGGGCUAUAAGGAUUUGUAAGUGGCAUGUUAACAAAGGGUUACAAGAAGGCUUUACUUAAAGUGUUUGAUACCGCCAGAAAUGGACCAACCAAUGGAGCAUCAUGGUUUCUAUUUAACAAUCCAAUUUAUGUAGUAAUUUUAGUAGGUCUUGGUUUGAAUAUCUUAUUUAGUUCAGCUUCAGUCAAACAUGUUCAUCCGAUCAAAUGGUUAAUAUUGUUGGCAGGUUCCUCCAUUAUGGAAAACAUGGUGCCCCUUAAAGACGUAGCCCCUGCAGCCACCAACACUGUGAACACACAAUUUAUACUGCUGGAGAAGGGCAGUAUAACCCAAGAUGGGAAAGAGACAACAUGCUUAGCAUUAGUUGCUGAUGAAACUGCUUCAGUUCACUUCCAGAUGUGGGGAAGUGAGUGCAAGGCCUUCGAGCCUGGGGACAUCAUCCGUCUCACCGAUGGUAUAUUCUCUUAUCACAAGAACAAUCUGGUGCUCAGGGGAGGCAAGAAAGGGAAGGCCGAGAAGGUUGGAGAGUUCACCAUGUUAUUUGUUGAGACACCUAAUAUGAGUGAGAUCCAUUGGGCACGCGAUCCCGACAAUCCUAAGAAGUUUCUGCAGGAAGCUGUCAUCUCGCCUCACUCCCGGAUUUUUCCACCAUCACAGUGAUGCAUGGCAAUAUUCUACUCAAUGUUCUGGACCCUUUCAAAAGCUGAUCUGAGAGAAGCACUGAUGUUAUUGACCCAAUUCUGAUGAAGGAGAUGCCUGGCUUUUUAGAGCAGAUGUUGUUCUUGAGCUUGAAUCUAUAUAUACUUGUCCUUUUCACUUCACUAUUGUAUUAUGGUAAAUGUCCAGCAAUUUCAUUCAUCUAUUUUAUGCGAAAAACAGCUUCCUAUGAUCUUUCCGCUCAAUCUGCAUGCUCCUUGAUUAUGUCGCAUGUGUAAUAUGUUAUUGGUGCUUGUGGAUAUGUUAGUGGAUCAUGCUUCCUUGUACCUGGAACUGUCUCAAAGAGAAAUCUUGUGUAUCUGUUUC